AUGGCCGUUGGUGUGGCCAUGUUCAAUACUUACGUCUACAUUCCUGACCGUGCAACCAGGAUGUGGAUCUGCCUGUUCACUGUCCUCGUCACCUGCAUCGACGAUAUGAUGGACGAGGGAGAAGACUUGGUGCACGUGCAUAAUUUCUACGAGCGGUUUGCGAGCAAUCAGUCACAAGGCAAUCCAGUCCUAAGUGCGCUUGAUGCGCUCUUGCGGGACAUUGUUCACCAUUAUCCUUCACCCGUGUCAAAUUUGAUUGUCGCCUCCGCAAUCGAUUUUAUCUCUUCUAUCAUGCUUGAUAACGAAACCAAGGACAUGCAGAUUUCAGCAGAGGCUCAAUCCUAUCCCGAUUAUAUGAGGCUGCUAUCAGGCGUGCAAACUGCAUACUCACUCUUUAUUUCCCUUCCACGCUCCCACCUCGGGAAUAUGUUCAAUGCAUGCCGGAUCUGGCCAUUCGAUAUACUAUCAUUCUACAAAGAGGAAAUUGAAGGCGACACCACGAACUACCUGUCACGCGUGGCAGCCUCUCGUGCUUUGACCAAACAGGAUGUUCUGCAUGAAAUCGUCGAGAAAACCGUGCAAGCGCAUCAUAAUAUCCUCGAGUGCCUAAGACCUUAUACCGAGGCCUGUGACGCCUACAUCAGUUUUUUCGACGGGUAUGUCAAAUUCCAUGCUGCCUUAAAAAGGUACAAGAUGGAGGAGAUCAUGGCAGAGAUGUCCUCUUCUUGA